AUGGUCGCCAUAAUCCGGCUCGGCCUCGUCCUUCUAGCCAGUGCCCUCACAGCACAGGCCUGCACAUACUGCCAGUGCAAGUUCCAAGACAACAGCCACUGCUGCGUGUACUCGGACGCCGCGAUCGGCAACCUCGACUGCACCGAAAUCUGUUCUAAGGCUCACCGAGCUGAUGGUGUGAGCAACAGCGAUGGCACUGCUGGUACGGCUUGCAACGCUGGUGGCAAUUAUGAGUGUAUCUCCUUCAUCACGGCACAGGGCCGGACGCCUUGCUACAAGGAGUGA